AUGAAGAUACCAUUGCUUUUCCUGGCCUUUCUCUGCACUCAGAGCUCGCUUGCCACUGCUCUACCCUCCGAAGCGACUGUUGGCCUUGAGAGUAUCGGACACGACAAAGCUGUCCUCCUUCUACACGAUGGCACGACAAAGACUAUCGACAAAAAAGAUUUGGGGCUCUAUCUGGGUGCCGCUGCCCACUCGCCCCCCGCGGUCCCUGGAUCUUUUGAGACCAACGAUCAUGAGUCCACCUCGUUACGACGUCUCACGAAGCGAUCUGGUGCCGAAUUUAUCAUCCCACUUCCCGACGCCGAAUUUCUAGGUUGGGAUAUCCCGAUGUCCACCAUCGUCCAUGCCAACCAGGCAGAUGCCACCGCUGCUAUGGCUCAAGGCCAGAGUAUCGCAAACAGCAUCUCAGUCGGCACCUCUUUCACUGCCACGGUUGAGAAAUUCCUACAGAUCGGCACAACUAUCAACUACCAGUGGACUGAGACCGCCACGCUAACCGGCACGGUUACGAUGACAAUUCCGAAGAAUAAAUGGGGCGCGAUCGUUAGCAACCCGCUGACCUUCCGCAAGAGCGGGUAUGUUUUUAGCGGACAACCUGGAAGCGCGCACUAUGAGUACUUCCACGCCGAUUCUUUCACUCAAGAUACCUAUUCCUACGGCCAGAACUCACUGUCCUGGGUCAAGGGUGUGGUUACAACUUGCCUGGGUGACUCCUACCCGCUGAAGCGCUGCCUUGGCGAAGCGCUCUCCCCACUUAUCUCUACUGCAAUUUCCGUUGCCAAGCUCAAUAACCUCUGGGAAGUGUUCUUCUCAUUCUCUCUACGGGCAUACAAGGUUCCCCUCUCAGCUAGUGCUGAGCCAGUUCCCAAGGGGCCGAACUUGUACCACACUGGUGGCUAA